CUUAUUAAAUAGAUUUCGGUCGAUGUGUUGUUAGUUUUCAAGAGCUUGACUGAACUAUUAGAUCACUGAUGCUUCAAAGAGGAGGUAUUUCGAACGGAGUUGGGGCCAACAAGAAGGUGGCAGGUCAACUGGGUCACUACGAAGUGCCAGAGAGUGUUCCAGUCAUUGGACCGGAUGGAAAUGUAGUUGAGAAUAAGUUCAAGAAGCUCUAUAAAAGUGGCGCUAUUUUUGAAGGCGAGCUAGAAAAUGGACUGCGGUCGGGGGAGGGUAGGAUGGAGUUGCCAACAGGGGUCACUUACGAGGGCAGUUGGAAAGACAACAUGCGGUGGGGGGAGGGACAGCUGAAGUGGUCAGAUGGCAGUUGUUACAAUGGACAAUUUCAGGCAGAUCUCAGACACGGAACAGGCAAACAGAAAUUCCCUAGUGGAGAGAUCUACGAGGGUGAGUUUUUCAAAGACAAGAAGCACGGAAAGGGAUGUUACACAUGGCCGGAUGGGACUACAUUCACUGGUCGCUUCUACAAGAACGACAAGGAGGGCUAUGGCAAGUUCCUCUUCCCAGACAAGUCCACUUUCAAGGGACUCUACAGGGAGAACGAGAGGUGUGGCCCGGGCGUGUUCACCUAUGCAGAUGGCUCUGAAGAUUGUGGAAUGUGGAAACGUGAACAGCUCAUGAAGAUCUGCACUUCAGUUAGAGACGCAUUCUCAAUCAUCGACUUCCCCGAGUUCGAAUACGAUCCGAAAGAACACGAAAUGCUUCUGUCGUCGGGAGAUAUUUCGCCGCUAAUUGUCGCCGAGAAGACCAUGUCGAGUUCGGAAGAAGGACUCGGUGAGUUUAGCACGACGUCUACGGAAUUAAUGGGUUCAAAAGGAGUUCGCUUUGACGACGAACUCUUAGAAAGCAUCGUGACUGAUUUGUAUUCGAAUAGACUUCCAAGUAUAGAUGCGCGUCAUUUGAAAUACGACCAAUCAGAAUUCGAGGACGCUUAUUUCUUGGAAUGUGUGAACAAAUCGAAAAGCGAAGCGGAAGUUAAAUCAGCUGUAGCUUUGAAUAAAACACCGGCUUUUAUAGCUAUGCAGAGACAUGUUUUAAAGCACCAUUUCUGGGAAAGCGAACAAGAGUUCAACGUUCAAAAUAUGAUGAUAGGAAACAGGUCAGGAAUCGGAGAAAAGGGACCAAUCGAGAGAUCAAGUGAAAUGCUUCUAUUCGCUGCCUUGCGUGGAGAUAAUGACCUAGUCCUCAAGAUUCUCAGACUGAAAGCGUGUUAUGUAGACGUCAUGGACCGUGAUGGAAAUACAGCUGUGCAUUUAGCGGCCAUUAAUGGCCAUAGUGAAGUGUUGAAUACUUUGCUGAAUUUCGGAGCUGAUAUAAACAGAUUGACAAAUGAAGGAGUAUCUGCCAUGUCUGCGUGUCACGUGCUGUUCUACGACGUGGCGGACUUCAAAUCGAAUGCAGCGGAAAUUCUCUUCAAGGCGGCAGCGGGCAGAACAAGUGAGGGGGGAUCGGACGAUGAGGGGUUUGAAGACGCAAAGGAGCCCCAAGAAGUGAAGUUAGAGAGACUCAGGACGAAUGCGAGGCGGAUCAGAUUGAAGAAGAGAGCACUCACCAACAAAAGGUUCUGUACUCCGGAUGAACAUGAGUCAGUGGAUCUGGCCUACAAGCCACUGGGUAAGCCAAAGGGGGGCAAGGGAGGAGGAGCAGGAGCAGCUGGGGGGUCUGCCACACAGAAGGAGGGACAUAGUGAAAAGAGUACAGAACAAGACCACAAGGAUACUACGACUGACAAUGCAGCAGACAAGAAGGCGACUGGAAACGACGGAGGAGCAGAAGACAGAACAUCGGACACAGAACCAGAUGCAGAACUAGCACGGCUACAAGCUGAGUUGGAGGCGGCAGGCGAGCUGAGUGAUAAAAUGUCCGGAGGCGGAGGAAUCUUAAAAGAAACCAUGAGCGAACUGGUAUCAACGCAGUCUCUGUACAACUUCAAAAUAGAAGUCACCGCUCAGAUGUUAGACAGAACUGCACACAAUUUGAGUGAGAAUGAGAAGUUGAAGCACAGUUUAAUGGCGACAAUGGGUGGUCAGGAGAAUAAUAGAGAUCCAGGGACUGUGAGGGAACUGGCCAUCAAGAAAAUCAAGAGAAAAGCUCUUGAAGACAUGAUCCGUCUGCUUCUGAGACGAGGCGCCAAUCCUAAUGCAUCAAUGGUACCUUUCCCAGUUCUAUUCUUCGCCCUGAAAACAGCCGACCCGGACGGCGUAGCAAAUUUGCUCUCUAAAGGGGCAUCGACUGAAACUAGAUUACCCAAAGAGAAAGGAGGACUAGCUCCACUGCAUAUAGCAACUACAUUGCCUGGCGAAGCGGGGGUCCAGAUCACGAAGUUGCUCCUGGAAGCAGGAGCCAAUCCGAAUAUCCAGGCGUAUCCAUAUGACAGCGAAAAAGAUAUAUCGGUCGGUUUGGAAGACAAUCACGAAGAGAACCAGCGUACUGCCCUGGAGAUCCUCAGUCUGGACCAUCAACCGACUGAGCCAGUGGUUGGCGGCAACACUCCCCUGUCUUAUGCGUGCCAGCGGGACGACGACUAUGUCAGUGCCAGACACAUAAUCAGUCUCCUAUUGGCCCACAAGGCUAAUUGUAAUGUGUUGAAUCCAGUUGGGUUGUCGCCUCUGGCUCAGCUGAUCAUCAGCGGAAAUGACCCGGGCAUAGAUGAGUUGCUGGCCAGUAAUGCUGACCCAAGUAUGACCCUGACUCAUGGCCAUGGCAGUGCACUUUGUGUGGCCUCUUCCACUGAGUAUGAGCACAGGCGCAGUCCAGAGGCCAGAAUACAACUGGUGGACAAACUGAUGUCUGCGGGUGCGAACAUCCUGAGUCCGAUCGUGUUCGGAUCCUCCGCCUCCGGAAAGCAGGGCUCAAUCGGAACUGCAGUCGACUACGCCUAUCACAAAUACUACUUGGACAAGAGAGUGGCCUUCUUGCCCUACCACGCCCUGUCGCCAGUGGAGAGGGAGACAUUCAACGCCAGAAGGGAUCUGUUGACUCACCUGGGCAAUCUCCUGAGGAGAACAGUUGUGAGGAAAGAGUACGAGCGACUGGUCAGGGAGGAACACGACGAUGACAGAAGUGUGUCCCCAAGUGAGAAGUUCUUCCACUCUGGCUAUGGGGCCAACACUCCCCUGGGAAUUGUGAAGCCCAACAGAGCCACUUCUGCAGAGGUCAUCAGGAUCAUGAGUAUCAAGGACAAUAUAGUUACUGUUGAUGCGACUGAGAGGAUGAUGACCAAGGACGAAGUGCAGAAGAUACUCAGGGACGGCAAACUACGCAUACGGAAGCCUCUCUUCAAGUAUUGCUACGAAUGUGGACGAAGCAGUGGUGUGAAAUUGGUCCCAUGUACGAGAUGCAAAGAGGUAUUCUACUGUGGAAAAGCGUGCAAACUGAAAGCGUGGAAUACACGACACAAGGACGAAUGCGUACGACUGGCAAACAAAGAGAGAACAGACAAGGAUCGGGGCAACCGGGGGGAGUAUGACGGGAGAGUGGACAGCCCCACCCCCACCACAGAUGUGAAGGGGGAGGACAGGGUACCAGGGGCACAACUAACAGACAUUCUGCUGCCCAAGCCAAAGCGGCAAAAUCAGAUGGAGUUAGACCAUAUGGCUGCAUUUGGGGCAGUAGUCGGAGCAUUCGGAGGCGCAAAUGCUCCGGGAGUGGAAGUUUCUGCUCCUUUUUAUGCACAAAGGGGAUUCGGCAAUGCAAUCCCGCAAAAAGUGAUAGCAGUGACUGACGAAACUCACGAUGCCCGGAAGGAGGUUAAGAUGUACCCGAGGAAGGAGACCUACGAUAAGAAGGGAAAUCGUAAGCGAAGUGUGAUGAAAAACGCCAAAGGAGAAGUUCUCACUGAAAACUACAGCUUCAUUUAGACCAGAACUUUCAAAGUAGAGAACUCGUAAAAAUGCAAACAGACAGAAUUGAUUAAGAGAAGAGCAAAUAUUUUUUUUUGUAUUUAAAAACUUUUUUUUUCGUUGAACCGAAAUUUUUGUUUGCUAAACUUGUUCACA